CCCAAACCGCCCUGACCCGCGAUCGCGACAAGCUACUCCCCUCCACCCAUCUCGACCCAAAUCCCCACGACAGCUCGCCCUCGAUUCCUCCAAACAACCGCAGUCAUGACGUCCACAAUUGGCAUUCCCAUCAAGCUCCUCAACGAGGCACAGGGCCACAUCGUCACCCUCGAAAUCACAUCAGGCCAAACUUACCGCGGCAAGCUCCUCGAAGCCGAAGACAACAUGAACGUCCAGCUCAAAGACAUCACCGUCACCGCCCGCGACGGCCGCGUAUCCCACCUCGACCAGGUCUACAUCCGCGGCUCCCACGUCCGCUUCUUCAUCGUCCCGGACAUGCUGCGCAACGCCCCCAUGUUCCGCUCCCGCAACGUCCGCGGUCGCGGUGUCGGCAUGGCGCGUGGUCGCGCGACUGUGAGCAGGGCGAGGGCCAGCGGGCGCGGAGGACGCUAGGAUCGCAAUCCGCAUUCGCAGCAUGCCUCUUCGACUCGGCCUUGAAGAAACAUAGACCGCCCGCGAUAAGGACUUUUUGCGCGUGGGAGAGAGAGAGUGGGGAAGAGAGCAAGAAGACACCAAAGGGGAGGACUUUCGAGACGAGACACAGCGCGCAUUUUUCCUUUUACGACGGACGCUGCUCUUCCGUCUUUUGAAGAGUCGGAGGAAAGGUCGGGUGAGGAGACUUUUGGACUCUCACUCCAGGGGAACCCGGGGGCUGUUCAGCAUCGUCCCCCGGCGACAAAAAAGUUCCAGGCGUUUUAUGGGGGUUUUGAAAGUUUCACGGGGGAAAGUCCCCAAGUAUUGCAAAGGCGGAUACCAGCCGUGGGAGGGCCAGGGAAACACAUAUGACAGUGCGAGGCACGAUACUUGAGGCCUGAGUUCUCCCGAGGAGAACAAAACCCAGGCAGUCUGAGGAUGUCACUCGCCUGCCAGCAUGUGGGAAAUGACGGUCGCUAGGGUAGGCCUCACUCUUUCUCUAAUCUUGAAGAGCCAGCCGUCAUCCAACCCUCAGCUGACACAGAAAGCUAGGCGUCAAUGCUAGAAAUACCGCAGCAAUAGAAUGCAAACGCCUCUCUCGGCG